GCCGUUCGACUUUACGACCUAUCGCAGAUCCAAUCCCGGCGAAGAACAACAGAAAGCCAUUGGAGCAGAAGAAUGAAAAUGAUAUCGCGUAGACUUACUCCUCGCCUGUCUCCGCCAAGGAGAUGUCAGCUAAGUCUUUCGAUAAAGUUCUGUUGGAGAAGAUGAAGAUCAAGAAGGAGUUGAAGAAGCUUCAGAAGAUGGAGGAGUUCAAACCAAACAUGGUCAUGUGUUGAUCAAUGUCAGGAAACUGGAUGCGUGGGGGAUACUUGCUUCCAUCAAUGCUGAUGGAAAAGCCAUUAAGAGCCACUUUACCUGCGAUGGAAACAGUGGGAUUGCAAAAGUGAUUGUCAGUAAGAAUGCAUGAUGACUAGAGGAGAAGAGAGGAAAAGAGACGGAGAGAAACCUACCAAGUACUUCGGUAAAUGGCCACUCAAACAUGUCUAUGGCAUUCAGGAACCUGUCUCCGCUGCUUUCGCUGCUCUUGACCUUGCAAUACAGUUCCAUGGAUGGGUCUCUUACUUCAUCCUCGUUUACUAUCACUUGCCUCUCCAGCCAAACCGGAAAACUUACUACGAGUAUAACGGAUUAUUGCAUAUCUAUGCAAUCAUUGUAAUGAAUGCACUCUUCUGGAGUGGUGUUUGUCACAGCAGAGAUGUUGACUUGACGGAGAGGCUAGAUUACUCUUCAGCUACAGUACUAGCCGGGUAUACGCUAGUUCUAGCUGUAAUACGGUCUUUCAGUAUACAUGAUCAAUCUGCCAAAGUCAUGGUUACUGCACCUGUUCUUGCACUUGUAGCAACUCAUAUCAUCUACCUAAAUUUCUACAACCUUGAUGAAGGGCUUCACCGGAAAGUUAUAUACGGUAUAGGAGGAGUAGAGCUAAUAGUGUGGGGUUUAUGGGCAGCUUUAACGUCGCAUCCAUCUAAAUGGAAGCUAAGAGCUUUCUUUGUCUCGAGCAUACUCACAAUGUGUCUGAGAAUGCUUGACUUCCCUCCUUACAAAGGCUAUGUUGAUGCCCAUGCUCUUUGGCGAACUGCAGGGAUCCCUCUGUCUUAUCUUUGGUGGAGUUUUAUCCGUGAUGACGCCGUUUUUAGAACCACUGUUCUUCUCAAGAAAUCAAAGUGAUGAUUCAAGACAGUUUUAUCUUUCUGUCUUUUUUUUUUCCGGUGAGUUUCUCCGGUGUUCAGAAAGUUGUUUUUAGGCGCGUUUUCGCAGGAGAAGCAAAGUGUUUUGUUCUUCUGUGGUGAAUC